AUGCUCGCCUCGCCGUCUACGAGGUGCUACACUUCCGAAGAGAAAGCACAGCUUCUCGCCAACCUCGACCUCGAAGUUGAGCACCGCACACGCCAGAUUGAAGAAUGGCUCGUGGACACACUCGAGAAUUUUUGCCUGCACCAGGAGAGCCAGAUCUCGCGCAUCCCACGCAUCGUCCGCGGCGUCACGCUGAAGGAGUUCGCAAAGCACGGCGGGGACAUACAGGAAUGCGUAAAGGGCCUCAAGCGGGAGCUACUCAGCGCCGAGGAAUCAGUAAUUGAUAAGAGCCCACGGAAGAGGAAGUGGGUUGCAUCGCAGGACGGGGCAGAGAAAGCGGAAGGCAGUGGGACUGCUGGCUCCAGUUCGAGGGAUGCGGAGUCGUCGAGAGGGAUCAAGAGCGCUCGAAUGCUGGUCUCCACGCCCAGUAAGAAGAAGCCAGGACUUCCAAACGGGCUGGGAUCGGCACAGCGACCACGCUUUCCACUACCCCGGACGCCAGGCACGACGCGUACACCGCAGCGGAUACCUUCUUCUCACCUUGCAUCCCCAAGCCCUCACAAACCGCCUGCCUUCAAAUUCUCCCUCCAUACCCGCCCCCCAUCCCGGCCAAACUCCCCCACCAAGCCCUCAUCCCCAUCAAAGCCAUUACGUACAACACACACAGCCCACACAUCCCGCCCCGUUCGCCCACCCUCCUCUGCCGUGUUCAACCCCUCGCUGCCUCCCCAACCGCGCUGGCCGCGUCAAGGCGAGAAGAUGCUCAGCGUCAACGGAUCGCCGCUCGCGAAUCCGUUCCAGCACGGGCUGAGCGGAUACCUUCGGUCCGUAGCGCAAGGCGACGGGGACGAUGACAGCGGUGGGAGUGAAAACGACCUCCCGCAUAGGUUGCGUGCGGGGAAGCUCAAGAAAAAGAGCAGCAUCAUUGUCCGCUCUUCUUCUUCAUCAUUGACUGCGUCAUCGUCGAACGACUCGCAUUCGAGAGCAAGCUCGCAGACAAGCGUGCAGAUGCAGAUGAAUGGCGCGCGCUCACGCACCAACUCACAGACGAACGGCUUCGUGCCGGUACGGACCAAUGGCGGACAGACUGACCUUCCGGGAAAAGAGAGUGCCGCGCAUAGUGCAUUAAUCUCGUUGGCGGCGUUCGUCUCGGUGCCUACGAAGGACGGCCACAUCCUCGAAUUCGAUCCCCUGCGAACAGCACCCGAAGAGAUCGAUGCAUUGACGGGCAUCUCCGACGACGCAAAGCAGCAGGCAAAGGAGGACAUGGCGCGCAUGAUACAAACUGCUGUAGAGAGAUGGAAGAUCAGCUGA